AUGUCUAAUAACUUGUUAGAUAGUCUCCCAUCGAGUGUAGAAUUCUUGAAUUUGAAGAGGCUUGUGCUCUCUAAUAACAAGUUUGAAAGCUUUCCGGAAGAAGUGACGAAAAUGCUACACCUCCAAGAACUGUUUUUAGGCUGGAACAGAAUCAAAGUUUUGCCAUGUAGUGUUGGUAAGCUGGAAAAGCUGAUCGUUCUUAAAGUUAAUGAUAACUUGAUUUGCGAUAUCCCCGAUGAGAUUGAUAAGCUGGUUUGCUUAGAGUUUUUGAACAUAGAGAGAAAUAAACUUGAGCGAUUACCCUCGACUUUGUUCACUAAGCUUGAUAAGUUGAAGUCUUUCGAAUGUCGAGACAAUCCACUAGCAGAUCCUCCUGGAUACGUCUGCGAAAGUGGUCUGCAAAAUAUUCGUAAUUAUUUGGAGCGCCAUCAAGUUGUUGCAGUUGGAAAUAGUAGGCUUGAAAUGCCACGACGAAAUGUACAUAUUGAAAUGCCCGAUACCAACACAUUAGCGGACAUGGAUGAUUACGACUGCUACCCGAUGACAACGAAACCUCGUGGUAUAGCUUUGAUUUUCAAUAACAAGACAUUUUAUCGAAACCCAGCCAUUCCUUCGAGUGUAAAGCUACCAGACAGAGCAGGCACUGACACUGAUGCAGUUUGCAAAAUUGAAUAA